AUGCCAAAGGUCAAUACUACCAUUGACGACACCAGUCCGCUCAUCCAGUAUGGAAAUGGGUGGAUAGACGAAGGGGACGGCAUACACGACAACUUCAACGGAACGAUAACCUUCUGCACAGCGGCUGGCACUUCGUUAUCGUUCUCAUUCAAUGGCACCGGCGUCUGGAUAUUCGGGCCAAAACGCUCUGAUCACGGGUAUUAUACCGUGAUGCUCGACGAUGGGCCCAAUACUACGUUCUCCGGCUUUGCGCCUGAACCAGGGCUUGACCAUUUUCCACUUUUCAACGGAACGGACUUGCUUCCCGGUUCCCAUACGAUCACCCUGACGAAUACAUGCAGCGAUUCCAACAAGACAUUUCUGGGCGUGGACUUUAUUACCUGGGAGAGUGAACAAGGCGCUACCGAUGCGCCAGUAACGAACACGACGAUCGAUGACAAGGAGCUAUCAUUUGUAUAUGAGCCAGCCGCUGCGUGGUCUGUCGUUGACGAUGCUUCGACCGGAUUUUCGGGCCAUCGAACUAUCGCAGACGCCUCUUCCACGCUCACAUUUAACGGUAACGGAGUGACGAUCUAUGGCGGUGUCGGUGCUGGUGCUGGUCUGUAUACCGUGCAAGUGGAUGGAGGGCCCGUGUCCCAUUACAAUGCUUCAAGGACAAGUACCAACGACACCAUUCUUUUCUUUACCAAUAGCCUCGAUGAUGGCAAACAUGUCGUUCAGCUCGUGAACGACCCAGGAACGAGCGGAACGAGCCUGAGCGUCGACUUCGCGAUCGUUUCUACCACUACGGGCCAAAAUGCCACACUUGGAACAGGUCCGUCACCUCCAAAACCUCGCUUCGGCAACGGUGUGCUCGCUGCCAUAGCCAUCUGCGUGUCAAUGGCCGUCGCCGGUAUCUUCGGGUUUGGCUUCUACUUCUGGUAUCGGAGACGGAAAGCCAAGCGACGCUUUCAACCAGUGGACCUUAUCGGCUCACCAGUGGUUCCUCCGACCCACCCUCCUCCUCUGGUCAGUACGCAAGGAGGAUGGAAGCCGCAGAUCGAGGAUACAGUCGUUCGCCCGUACAUCCUGGAUAUCCCUGUCGAUCCAUCACAUCAGUCAUUCAGCGACGGUCACGGCGGACAAAUGGUGGAAGUGCGGUCGCCUAAGCCUGCCUAUAUACGGACGUCUGUGGCAUCACCGCGACAAUGGGACCCGCACGCCGUGCCCCAACCUACUGGUCCGAUACGUGGCCGCGAAAGCUUCGCGGGACCUCAGUCGGCCACAUCCAACCGGAGUUUCCUUCCAGAAAGGGCUCGAGAUGCAGAGACGGUCAUGAUCGGACCUCCGUCAGAUAUAUAUUCCAAGAGAAGCUAUGGAUCAGCCGGAUCCUUAGGCACUUCAGAGAGCGUGAACAGUACUGCGUCCUUGCUGCGGACCACUAGGGAACUUCAAUAUCCCUCCAUAGCACGUCUCUCCGUAACAGCGGAACUCCCUGAACCUCGUUCUCCUGCUAACACCAGGCCACCUCCCACUCCAUCGAGAUUCUCGAUUGCCAACCCUGAUAUAUCUCCCAUCGACCAUGAACCAACAGCCGUCGUUUCAUCUCGAGCACCCGUAAGCACCAGCAAAUCUCCUCUACCCAACCCCCAUGUGCGGUCUGGAGAUUCGCGAAGGUCGAAAGCCCUGCCGCUCCCGCCGAUUAUGAUCGACCGUAGACCUGACGCAGACGCAAUGACGUCCGCCACCGCUCUUUCGGAUCAUCAGCGUACGCAUGCAGACCAUGAGGGCGAUGUAUCGCCGCAGCCAACCUUGCCGCCAAAUUACUAUGAGGAAACGUAG